CCUGCCCCAUGGCGGCCUCGGGGCCCGCGGCGGCCCGGGGCUCCCCCGCCACCGCCGGUAUCAUCGUCAUCGGCGACGAGAUCCUCAAGGGCCACACGCAGGACACCAACUCCUUCUUCAUGUGCCGGCGGCUGCGGGCCCUGGGCGUGAGGGUGGCCCGGAUCUCGGUGGUGCCUGACGAGGUGGAGGCCAUCGCCAGCGAGGUGGCCGCCUUCGCUGCCCGCUUCACCUACGUGCUGACCUCGGGGGGCAUCGGCCCCACGCACGACGAUGUCACCUUCGAGGCGGUGGCCAGGGCCUUCGGGGAGAAGGUGGCCCCCCACCCCGAGCUGGUGGCCCUGGUGCACAAGUUCUUCGGCAAGACGGAGGCGCAGUGCCCCGAGAUGAAGCUGGCUCGGGUCCCCGAGUCCUCCUGCCUUAACUACGGCACCGACGGGCGCACGGGGGGCGCCUUCAAGUACCCGCUGGUCAGCGUGCGCAACGUCUACAUCUUCCCCGGCAUCCCGGCGCUGAUGGAGCGCGCCCUGGACGGCCUCACCCACCUCUUCCGCAGUGAGCAGACCCGCUUCCACUCCCGCACCAUCUAUGUGGCGGCUGACGAGAUCCUCAUCGCGCCUGCACUCGACCAGGCCCAUGCUACCUUCCAGGGCCGUGUCGGUUUGGGGUCCUACCCAGACUGGGCCAGCAACUACUACCGUGUGAAGCUGACGCUGGACUCGGAGUCAGAGCAGGACCUAGAGGAAGCGUAUCGCUUCUUGAUGGAGAAGCUGCCGCCGGGUGUUGUCGUGCCUUUGGUGACAGACUGCGUCUCGCCCGCGGCCACAGAGGUUUAUGGCCUGGCUGAGUCAGGCUCAGCCCUGGGGCAGAAGGUGGCAGCAGCACUGCGGACCAUCGAGGAGGCUUUGGACCGGUACAGCCUGGCCCAGCUCUGCGUGGGCUUCAACGGGGGCAAGGACUGCACGGCCCUGCUGCACCUCGUCCACGCCGCCGUGGAGAGGCGGUACCCGGCGAGGCAGGAGAAGCUGCAGGUGCUCUACAUCCGCAUCGUGUCCCCCUUCCCCGAAAUGGAGCAGUUCAUCCAGGCAACUGUUCGGAGGUACAAGAUCCAGCUCUGCACGGUGGAAGGCUCCAUCCGGGAGGCCCUGGCCCACCUGAAGGAGCAGCAGCCGCAGCUGGAGGCUGUCCUGAUGGGGACGCGGCGGACGGACCCCUACUCCCGCACCCUGACCCCCAUGUGCAUGACGGACCCCGACUGGCCCCCGUACAUGCGGGUGAACCCCUUGCUGGACUGGACCUACCGGGACAUCUGGGAGUUUCUGCGCAAGCUCUAUGUCCCCUAUUGUGUCCUCUAUGACAAGGGCUACACCUCCCUGGGGAGCAUGGCCAACACGCAGAAGAACCCGGCGCUGCGCUACACCAACGCCCGGGGCCGGGAGAGCUACCGGCCUGCCUACGAGCUGGAAAACGAGGAAGAUGAGCGCACCUCCCGCCAGUGAAGGCCUACGGGGUGCACUUGGGGGGGCUCUGCUGGGACACUGUUCCCCCACGGACAUCCCUGGUGCUGCUGGGGGUGACACUGAAUAAACCUAUUGCCCGACAGCACUGGAUAAACCUGCUGUGCUCAGCCUGCGGUCCGCAUCGCGCUCGCGCUUGGCCGUGCCAGUCCCUUCGGGCGCUGCAGGGCUCUGGCAGGGGCACGGCGGGGGGUGAGGCCAGCUCUGCCCAAACAAAAGUGUCCCCCGGGCAGUGUCCCCUCCCCGCACCCGCUAUUGUGGGAGCCUUUGAAGCGCAGAGAAUGGAGCAGGUUCCAGCGUUUGCCGGGGACCCGCGUGUCGCUGCGGCUGCCUCCCGGCGUCAGACCCUGCUGAUCCCUCCUGGGCCAUGCAUCUCCACCGGACUGCGGCGUCCUGGCCGCUGGGCGCUCGGAGGCCGGCGGCACCGCCAGCACCCACCAAGGCCUCCCUGGGGCUGCGCCUGGGCUCCUGGCUGCUGCAGCGGCUGCGGGACUGCGUCUACCUCCUGCUCUGCAGCUGGUGCAUCCGGGAGUUGCUGGACUAGGGAACGACCCCCCGGCUACUUCCCCGCAGGACCCCCGGCACCCCCUGCCUGCCCCCGUGCCAUGGGACUGCUUGUCACCCUGUGCUGAGGGAGCUGACGGACCCCGCUCCAGCCUGUGCUCCCCCUGAUCAGAGACCCCAAUAAACCUGCGCAGCGACUGA